AUGGGGGCGUUACCUCAGUAUAAGGGUCAAUCAAGACCGGAUGUCUAUCUCACAAAGUUAGUUCAGAUUGGCAUGCAAAAUGGACUAACUCAUCGUAAAAGGCCCAAAAAUAUGUCGCCUUCAGAUAUGCGCCAGUAUCUGACGAGCCUCCUUGUUCAAAACCACCAGUGUGAUGUUGAGGACGCGAGAGAGAUCGCGUCUUAUUGGGUGUAUGGCCGGGGAUCAGACUUCUAUCAGUAUGAUUUGGAUACCUUUAAAGACAUGUUUGGAGAUGAGAUAGGGAUGUUGUUCUUCUUGUAUUCGAGGGGUCUUACACCAGGUGGAAGGUUAAAAGACAAACAUUGGAAAUUAUGGCUUUUUCUUGCCGUCUGUAUUUUUGUUCUUUUCAGUUGGAAUCGACAUUCUGGAAAUUUUGAAGAAAAUUAA